UAAAACUAGAUGCACACACCUGGUUUGACGAAAACAUGGCGUAGAGCGACAGAAGUGAUUUUGUUACACAUGUGUCAGCGAUUUUUUUUGCCGCUCAUGUAUUCCAAUUCUACUGAUCGGACCAAAUUCUGACCAACGUUGGAAACGAUCGAGAAGCCCUAGAUUACCAUAAAAACGAAAAUGGUGGUGGUGGCAAAAGAUUGUUUAUUCUUUGACGAAUUGAUGGGCCCGUUCGCCAGGCACACUGAUUUAACGCCUCCAGCAGUUAAUCGUAAAACGGUAGUAGUAGUAUCAGGCCUCGCAAACAUCCACGCCAGAGUGCUGGGGCCUCUAGACGACACCACGAAUGAAAAAUCAGUUUUGUUCGGUCAAAAAGCCACAGCAAGUCAACUCUACAAUGCAAUAUCGUACCUCUACAAAGACUACUCCUCUCCUGACUCCUUCAAUCUCGUCCUGAUGUACAAAGACAAGGAGUACCCUUUAAAAUUUGAGAAUAAACCGAUUCCAAAUCUCGAUUUGGAGCCCUCUCAAGCCCCACUCCAAGGCUUCUACGCCGCCAACAUCGGUGUCAAUCAAUAUCCUGAAAUCGUCAACGGAGACACACACAAAAUCGAAAAAGAUACUUCACACAAGACCCAAAUCGAGUCCACUAGAAUAGAAUCACCACUGAAACAUCCUAAGGAAUUUUAUCUGAUGGAUGUAGUACCUUCUGACUCUUCUCCCCUCAAUGCCAGAAGUUUCUUAGUCUCUUCUUCGACUGUACUUGAAGAGCUCUACAAUAACAUCAUCUUCGUCGGCGCUUCCCGUCCCACAGAAUCCACAAUAAGGCUGCACUACUCAACUGAUCUAUUUGGAGACUACACGGAGAACGUAUUAGCGACCACACAGUUAUUCAGUAAUGUCGAAAGUCUUCGGAAAACGUUGGGAAAAAUAGAUUUUGAAUUCAAUCGACCAAAUCAAAUUCUAUCACUCGAGUUGAUGCUUAAUCUCUCCGAAUCGAAACCCGUUCUUCCCGCAAUAAUAAUGAAUGAUUUGUUCAAUCACCAGGAAGAAUCAUCCCCCGCGUCACCAAAAUUCGUUUCAAUUCUGGCUAAAAUGAAGAUGGGUGAUGAAGCAAGAGUUGAGGCUCAGGACUUUCAGGCUGAGGCUAAAUCAGAGAUGGUAUACGUUGGUCUGGUGAAUCAAGCAAUGACUUGCUAUUUGAACAGUCUUCUCCAAGCUCUCUACAUGACCCCAGAGUUUCGGAAUGCUCUUUACAAUUGGGAGUUUGUCGAUGGAACUGAAAAGGACAAAGCUAGCAAUAGUAUUCCUUAUCAACUACAGAAACUAUUUCUCAACCUGCAAACGUCGACAAAAACAGCCGUUGAGACGACAUCCUUAACAAAGAGUUUUGGAUGGGAUUCAACAGAAGCCUGGCAGCAGCAUGAUAUUCAAGAGUUGUGUCGAGUGAUGUUUGAUGCUUUGGAGCAAAAAUUCCAAAAUACUCAACAGGCAGAUCUCAUCAAUAGACUCUACGAGGGUAAAAUGAUAGAUUACGUAAAGUGUCUGGAGUGCAGGACAGAGAAGUCACGAGAGGAUACAUUUCUUGAUAUUCCCUUGCCAGUCAAACCUUUCGGGAGUAAUGUAGCUUAUAAUAGUGUGGAGGAGGCCUUGAGGGCAUUUGUGCAACCUGAAACACUCGAUGGAACUAAUCAGUAUUUCUGCGAGACGUGUAACAAGAAGUGCGAUGCACACAAGGGUCUCAAGUUCAGUAAAUUUCCCUACUUAUUGACAUUACACCUCAAGCGUUUCGAUUUCGACAACAACACUUUUCACAGAAUUAAAUUGAAUGACAGAGUUAGCUUUCCAGAUGUUCUCAAUUUGAAUUCUUUCGUUCCCUCUGACAAUCAAGAAUCUCCAACUGCUGAGGAGGAUGCUGGUGUCGGGGUUAAAGGCGACGAUGGGUCGACCACUGACAGCGGGGGAUUGGACGAGUGUCCUCUGAAUUCAAAUGGAAUAAAUGAGAAUGGAAUUACCAGCGAACCCAGUAGUGAGCAUUUAAAUAAUCACGAGCAGGAUGAUUCAACAGAGGCAUGGCAGCAGCACGAUGAUGAGGGAAUCGACAUGAGCAAUGGGCCAUCAACAUCGACCACAGAGCACAGUCAGGAGGACACUCGUCAUCAAUCAGCUAGUGGCCCUUAUGUCUACGAAUUAUUCUCAAUAAUGAUUCACAGUGGUAGUGCCAGUGGCGGUCAUUAUUACGCCUACAUCAAGGACUUCAGAACCAACGAGUGGCUGUGCUUCAACGAUCAGAAUGUCACUCCAAUUACUGACGAGGAUAUUCAAAAAACUUAUGGAGGAGGACCGACUAGGGGUUACUACAGUGGUGCUUACAGCAGUAGCACCAAUGCCUACAUGCUUAUGUACCGACAGAUCGAUUCUCAACGUAAUUGUUUACCAAUGGAGGUCGACAAUUUUCCUAACCACAUACAGGAUUUAUUAGUUAAAAUGAAGGAGCAUGAGGAGGAGAGAAAACCUUAUGACAGACCAGCACAGAUGUACAGGAUAAAGAUUUACGUACGUCAUCCUGUUGAGAAUACUAUGAAAUCGAGAAAAUUAUUUUCCGUUCCUGAUGAAACGUUGGCAGAGUUGACGGAGAAGGCUUGGAAAGCCUUGGACUUGGAAAAUGUCGUGGAUUUGGAGCAGUGUCGUCUUGCGACGUACGACGUUCUGUCAGCAACGAUUGAUUCAACGUUUGAUGAUCAGGAACAGGAGCCACUGGGUAUUAUUCUUCAAGAGUAUAGUUUAGAUAUGCUAUUAGAAAUUCGUAAGAAGGAGGAACAAUUUGAGCAGUAUGAGCCAGGGGGUCUUGGUACCCGAGUCUUCCACAUUGACUGCGUUGAGGAAAAAAUUAUCGAUGGGCCAAUUUACGUCAGGGGAUAUCGCGCGCAAACAGUUAAGCAGUACAAAGAGCAAGUGGGUGAAAUUUUGAAUAUAAAUCCAGAUAAAAUGGUGGUAGUUCUUCAAAAAUAUCCAUCAGGUGUCCGGGUUAUUAUGAAUAAUGGUAAUCAAUUGGUAAAUGAAGGAUUUCUCACUGGAGUACGAGUAUUUGUUAUGGAUAAAACGGAUAACAAUUUGGCGGAGUUUAUCGAUAAAUUUGAAACAUUAAUUUGCCUUGAUGUUGAAUUACCUGACACGAGCGAAGAAGUGUUGGAGGAAUUGGGAAUUCAAUCGUUAGAGAGUAGACAGAGGGAGCUUAAAGAGUUGAAGGAGCAAAAGGAGCUGAAAGAAGCUGAGAAAAUAGAUAAUCAGAAGAAGAAGAGUGAAGUGGGUGAGGCAAGUCAGCAGAAAGAGGAAUCUCGAGAUCAAGCGAGCAACUCGUGCCCUGAGGCUUCUGCCUGUGAUAAUGAGGAGUGGCAGGAGCAGAGUAAUAGUGAAGACAGUAGCCUCAGUGAUAGCGAUAGAACACUCGUUGGAAAUGCCUCAGAAGACGAUGAAAUUGGACUUGUGACUGUCGAUGAUGAGUGGUAUCGCCACAGCAAGUCUAUAAAUGAAAAGACCGAUUGGGACAUGGAUCACGAGGAGGAGAUGGGUUAUAUUUUCAAGGCUACACCUUAUGAUAAAAAUAAUCAGAAACAUCUGAGGGUAAUUGUGGACAAGAGGAUGAAGUUCUGCACUUUUAGAAAACACCUAGAGCCAUUCGUUGGUGUACCAAUGGAGAGUUUCAAAGUUCUGAGACAAGCACUCGAUACUACUGAUGUUGAUUAUAUGAGACCCACGAGUUCAUUGAGAAUUUGGGAUGACGAGGAGAAAAUUAGUAUAAAAUUGGGCAGAGCUCUGAGGUCUCAUGAAUUUAGGGUUAAAGUAUUCGUUUUGGACCUGGAAAAUUCUAGUAAAUCUUGUGAGGCUUUGUUUGAAGCCACUAUAUCGAAAGAUGCUACGGUGGGUGCUGUGAAAAAACAGCUGUUGGCUGAAUUGCAACGAAAACACGGUCAGUCCAUUGAUUUUGAACAGUGCAGACUUAGGAAAAAGGACCUUCAGAAUCCAUCCAAAGUUCUACUGAAUGAACAGAAAAUAAGAGACGUUGGAUUCAUGUCACAGCCUCAGCUGUUUAUUCAGGAGUGGUGGGAAGGGGGAAAUGUUACUAGUACUAAUCAGAUUUUGGUGAUGGUGGCGAGGGUUUCGAUGAAUGACCAAUUUUUGGGAUCCUUUCAAGAAAUUGUACUUGAUGAGAAGAGUUAUGAGGAGUUGGCGAAAAAAAUUAUGGCAUUAUCGAUGAUAAGGUUGGAGAAUUUACAGCUUACCAAGGGAAAGUGGCCGUGUAAUUUGUAUGAGACGCGGUUGUAUUGGACACCUGCUAAUCCGCCCUUGCAACUUGGAACACUUGAGGAUGGUUCUUGUAUUCUUUACAGAGAUCGUGAUGAUCGGUGGUCAUCGAAUUUUCAUGGGGAGUCCACGGGGGAUUGUGACUUCGAAAAAAGGAGAUCAAAGUCAUCAGCGCGUUUCAGAUUAACGUCUCGUCCAAAAGGCCCCAGAGGUUACAAAGACGCCGAGAGCCCGAGACGCGAAAAAGCCCUUAAAAUAUAUCUCGACGAUAAAUGAUCCACCUGUGAGACUGUCAGUAUUGAUCCAAUCUCGCAGAUCCACCAGAUUCUGCAGAUCACACAGUGCUGAACAAUUUUUAUUUUUAUUUAUUUUUUUUUCUCUUCUAAUGAUAAAAGAAAAAAAUAUGAUUGGUACGUGACUCGCCAGCCAAUUUUUUUUAUUCUUCAUGUAAGAAAUGGGAGGAGAGAAUCCGCACUCUCCUCUCUUCAUCAUGUUUAGUUUUUUUUUUCUUUCGUCAUUAUUACUACUCGAAAUAUCAAUCAUACCUGUAAUUACGAAAUGGAAUCCCUCUUUUUCCUUUUCCUCGAGCAUUUACCCUCGCAAUUAACGUGCAUAUUCACUAAAUCGAGCUUACGGAAUAAAAAAUGAAAAGAUUAAAAGAAAUACCGUGAUAUUUACAAAAUAAUAUUGAAAGGUAUUUUCGUAGGUAAUUGGAAUAAUUAGACUCUGUGGAGAAAAUUGGGAGAAUAAUAGCCGAGGUUAAAUGAUUAUUUUUUAAUGACUAAAAUUAAAGGAAAAAUAGGGAUUUCGGAUGAAAGCAGUUUCCUCCUCAAAUUUAAUCGACGAUCAACUAUACCUUCUAUCUGUAUCAUACGCUGUAGUUAUGAAAGAAAUUAUAUUUAUAAUUAAUUAUUCAUGAUUAAAGAAAGGAAAAAAGCUGAAAAAAGAAAAUAUACAAAGCUUCAUUGGACUUUUUAGUCUUUGGUAUGUUUUUCAUUAACUGUAGAGUAAUGAAUGGCAGAAAGUUAUCAGAUGUAAUUAACCAUCUUGUUAUUUUCUGUCUGAUUAAUUUGAUUUUGUUUUGCCAAUUUUUAUUGUUACUUUCCGUAUUAUGAGGCACUCAGCGAUUUAUUUAUUGAAUAUUUGUUGAGCGUGUUAAAAGUGCCGAAUUUUUUCAUAUGGAAGCAGAUAAUUGAAGGUCAUUUCAAUCGAUUUUUUAAGAAUGUUCGAUAGAUUAUGCAGCAAUUCAUCAUUGUGAAAAUUUUUGAGAGAAUGGAAAAUGACAAAAAAUUAAAUACACUGUGAAAAUUUUUUCUUUUAUUA